AUGUCGACCUUUAUUCAUGCCAAGUCUCUAAAUGGAAAGAGAACUCAGUUCACGUGUGAGGAGGCAAAUGCGUCAAGGAAGGUGACAAUGUUCAGAUGGGUAGUAGAAGCAGUUAAUGGCCGAAUCAAGAAUGUGUUCCCGUUUUUUAAACACACCAUCGAAGGCUCGUACGUUCCAAAAAUCAUGAGAUUCAACCGAAUAGCCUGUGCCAUCAUGAACAAGUACUUCCCGCCUCUAUUCAGCAACAAAGACUUCCACGACAUAAUUGCUGAAGGAUGUGUCGAUGACCUGCAACCGCAAUCGAACGCGUUGAAAGAAGAAAUUGAGACAUUAGGCGUGAAGCGAAUGACAACAAAGUGGGAAAAAGCAUCAGCAUCGUCAGUUGUCGAAUUUCCGAAAUUGUCAGCAGAGGAUUUGCAGAAAAUUACUCUGGGAACGUACCAAAUCAAGAUUGCGGCGCGUUACAUUCAAAAUCACUUGAAACAGGAUUCUGAAUUCGGCAUUUUCAUACACCGCGAUACGGCAGAUAUCAUUAGAGCCCGAAUACAAUCAAGAUUCAGUAAAUCAAAAACGCACGAUGCGUGGGUCAAAUUCAGUGCAAAUGAGAAUGGUUGUGAUGCUAUAAAAGGAUUGUACUGCUCGUGCAAAGUGGGAGAACGAACAUUGGGCUGUUGCAGCCAUCUAACAGCUGUUAUUCGGUAUUUAGGCUUUGACCGGCAUCAGCCUAAAACAACCAGUUUUCGUUCACGUUCUGCCUGGGACGCAAUCGAUUGUGCUGAUUGUUCCGAUGUGGACACUGAUACCGAAAGUGAUAUUUAG